CAACGACUGGUUAAUCGGAUCUACAUCUUCGCAGUAGCAAAAUUCAACGACGGACGCGACGAUUUUUUUCUGCCUGGCAGAAAGCACAACCCCGUGGUCAAAGGACCCAGGUCAAAGGAUUUUUUGUGUUCUCAUCUACGCUACUCGGGGGCUGAACGGCUGGGAUUUUGACUUUUCGUAAUCUUUUCGCCAGUAAUUACGGAACCUUGAGCCCGUGCAUGUUGGCGAAUUUAAACCGCGAUAGCGCCGCGAGAGCACGCCAGGCUCGCAUCGGAAGGCUCUCGCGGUGUCCUUCUGUGGAUCCUAGAGGAGGAGCAGAGGCGAGAGCGGCCAAGGAGUUCAAAUGUUGUGUCGCGUGUAUCGCCUGCACCUAGUCAGUAAGGAACCGGAUAAAUCCAUCGCGAGUACUCUCGAUCUCUCUAUCGCGUGUUGAGUGUAUGUGUGUUCCGCCGCGUUGUGCCUGCCAGUCGACUUGCGCUUUGGGUUUCAUGAUUUAACGACGAAAUCUGUUAGGCUCCGGGCGGCGCGAAUGCUGAGAGGACACACAUGCAGCAACGUGCUUGGAUGCAGGUAGAGAGGUUCAUUAACAAAACGGCAUGCUUGUAAGUGUAGCCGCGCACUGUCACGUGGGAUGAAUGAAGAAGAACUGUUGAAACGAUCUGCCGCAGAGCGCGAUAGGAUUUUCAGCUGCUAUGACCGCGGUAGGGAAGGUGCUGAGAUUGAUCCCUGGGAGGAUCCUGGCUAUGAGGUCUAUCACACUACAGACAGAUAUGGAUUUAUACAUGAUAAGAGAUUACCACAGAAGCCGGAUUCAUAUGAAAUUAAGUUACACCACGUAGAGAUGGAGAGACUAAAGAAAUGGGAGAAGAUGACAAAGCAAUGGGACAGUGCCUCAACCAAGGAAAAGCUGCGGCGUAGGAUAUACAAAGGGAUCCCUAACAGAUUUCGUGGUCAAGUAUGGAUUCUCCUUCUGGGUAUUAAGAAUUUGAAGAAGGAGCAAGCGGGCAAGUAUGAAGAGAUGCUGCAGUUGGCCCGUCAAUGGUCCACAGAGAUAAGACAGAUUGAUGCUGAUGUUGCAAGACAAUACAGAGAUCACAUUAACUAUAGGGAGAGAUACAGCAUAAAACAGAAGUCUAUGUUCUAUGUAUUGGCUGCCUACAGUAUGUACAACAUGGAGGUAGGAUAUUGUCAAGGAAUGUCCGUGCUGGCUGGUCUGCUGCUGCUCUACAUGGACGAGGAAGACGCGUUUUGGGGCCUUUCUGUGUUACUCGCCGACAAAAAAUAUAGCAUGCACGGUUUCUACGUGGACGGUUUCCCGAAAUUGAACCGAUUCAUAGAACAUCAUGACAAAAUAAUGAAUAAAUUUCUGCCGAAGCUGAAACGGAAGCUGGAUAAGUGCGGCUGCGACUCUAUAUUGUAUGCGUUGAAAUGGUUCUUCGUUGUUUUUCAAGAGAGAACUCCCGUUAGUCUUGGUCUCCGUAUUUGGGACAUCUUCCUGUUGGACGGUGAUCGUAUACUGCCAGCCAUGGCAUAUUCCGUGAUGAAGCUGCACAAGCGCUUUCUGAUGCCGAUGGAGAGCCUCGACGAAUUCUGCAACUAUCUGCAGAACAAGCUGGAGAAAGAUUUCUACUUCGACGACGAUGCCGUGAUCAAUAUGAUGGAGCGCAGUAUGGAGGAGCUGAAGCGUGCCAAAUUAGACUACCCGGGACCGCCGUUGCCACACGAGCUGCCGCGUUUUCCAUUCGGCACUUUUAAGGAACCUUCUUUUACCAGCAAGGUUGGGAGGCGGAGCGAGGAGUUUAGCGAGGCUCAGCAUGUAAUGCGAGAGUCCGUGGCGCAGCGCAGGGACAUGGCGUUGAUCGACGACGGCAGGGAGAGCACUACGCCCGUCGAGCCGACCAGCGGCCUUGGCGGGAGUAAAUUCUCGUUCGAUCCGAGUAUGGACGACGGCGCGUCUCCCAACGGCUCCCGUCGUUCGCUGGCUGAGACGUCGGUGACGUCAACGGCGGAUCUGUCGGUCUUCAGUUCGGCGACACGCUCCCAGGCGCUCGACAACAGUCUCGACACGCAGAGCAACAUCUCGAACGCGAGCUCGGGCAGCGGCGGUUUGCCGACGCCGCGAGCGACGCCGCAUCAGCCCAGUCCGGACGUGGUUCGCAUCUACGUGCCGUACGCUUCGCCGGCGGCUUCGUUUAAAGACGACUUGCCGCGUACGUUGCCACGCUCGCUUGACACUAACAAGAUCCGCAUCCGCGUCGACCCGGACAAGACCCCGAUUGUGGAGAACUUGAAGCCGUUCUCGUUGGAAAGUCCGGAGGUAGAGCUGGACUUGAAGUAACAGGCCACGAGUGAGUUGAUCGCCGGGAAGAACGUGGCACGGAGAUUGCUUGUCGGACAGGUCGAGACUGUGAAGUUCGAAUAUAAGUCGUGAGUUGGUGAUCUUCGGUGUACGUGAACGGGGCGUCCUGGAAGUUGCGCUUCUCCAAGACCGUGAAGAUCGACCGGGGGUUCCAUCCCGUGAUUCCGUUGGUUUCUAUAAAUUAUCGCCAAAUUUCGGCGCAAGUUGUGUUGUAUAAAGUAGAAAUAACGAAGCCGGAUCGUCGAUUCGGUGGAAUUUUUCAAGUCUCUCACGGAAGGUCAGUUGUACGGUUUAAUCAGCUGAGAAUUUAUUCAGGAUCAGAAAGAGAAAGUUUGAGUUCAGAUGAUGUAUAAUUUGAGAUAAAUACGUUUUGCUUUUUUGUAGAAAUUUUUUUUUUUAACGGCAUUACGUUUCGACAUUGCCAUCGUUAAGAAUGGUAUUUGAAAAUAGUAUUCUGAUGUAAAAAUAUUUAAGACCUUUUUUUUUCUUCAUUCGUGUGUCAGUCACAACAAAUUGACACGAAAAAUAAAAAAAAUCAGAUGUCCGGACGGACGAACGGCCUUGAUUCACAAAACAAUUCUCUCGGAGAGACUUGAGCGUGACUCCCGGCACAUUCUGUAAAUGUACAUCGUGCGUGUACACGAAUACGUAGGUCGUGUGUACACGAUUGACGG